AUGGAUCACCGAUCUACAAUUCAAUCAGAAAAGACAUCAUCAUCUUCACUCUCCUCUACUCCAUUUUGGCGUCCAGUAUAUCCAGCACCUAGAUUAGAGGUUGUAAAUAAGUGGCUUAAACAAUCAAAAACAUCACAGAAUUUUAAAAAGUCAAAGGUUGUGAAGGAAGAUUUCGUUUGUACGGAUUCAAAAUCAGAAAAUGAUAAACCGAUCAACCUUUCGAAUGACUUAUUUCCACAGUGUACAGCUGUUAAUCUAAUAUCAUCGACCAAUAAUGAACAAAAUACCAAUGACGAUUAUCAAACACUUUUAUAUCCACCGGAUAAUGAACAAUCUAUUGAUACAACACAACAUUCAACUGGUAAUUCUGUUAGCGUUUUAUAUCAAGGUGCUAAUCAACGUUGUUUCUCAUCGGUUCAGGUGGAUCAUACAACUGUAGCCAGUUUAGAAUUACAUUGUUCUAGUCGUUUAACAAAAUCACAUACUGUAUCAUCUAAUCAAACAGAAUCGAAAAUAACUAAAAAAUCAUUAUUAAAAUGUGGUCUAAUUCCAGAUCCAGCUUUUGAUUCUAUUCAAGUUGCUUGUCUUAGUUUUUUGUAUCCACAACAAUCAUCUACAAUAGAAUCAACCGAUAAUACUCAUAGAACUAAUUUAUUUGUUUUAAUUCAUUCUGAAUUAUCUAAUACUACAAAUAUCGGAUUAUUUAAACAAUCAUUUAAUAAAUAUUGUCAUGGAUUAACAAAUUAUGGUUAUGGAAAUAAUAGACAUAAAUUACAACAUAUAAUUCCUUGUAUCAUUUGGUGUUCAACUGAAUGGAAUCUUAUAUCUUGGAUUGUUUAUUUAAUUCAAACAUUUGACCCUGAAAUAUUGAUUGGUUAUGACAUUGAACGGUUUUCAUGGGGUUAUCUUGUUGAACGUGCCAAUCAUCUUGGACGACGUACCUUUACUAGAGAAUUAUCGCGUUUAGCAUCAGACAUUAUAAACUGCCCUCAUUGUCAUCAGUGUAUUGCUAAAUGCAUUAAAAUAGUUCAAACGCCACCACCAACAACAUCUUCAUUGUCUGCCGCUACUACAAACAGUAGUAUUAAUAGUUGUAUUUUCACUGAAAGAAAUAGUCCUUGGCAUUUUAAUACUCAAGAAUUUGUUAAUGAUCUAAAUGACCUAUGUAAUUGUCCAUGCAGUCCGUUGUAUUGCACAAUAAUAACAAACAAACAGUUGGAUCAUGCUAAUAACGCUAAUAAUAAUUAUCGUCGCAUAUGGCCAUGUGAUUCUUCUGCUGGACGUACUGGAUGUCCAUUCGCUUGUCCCGGUCGUGUUGUUCUAUGUUUUUGGAGGAUUUUAAUGCAUGAAGUCAGUUUAUUCGAGUACAGUGUAGAGACUGUAGUGUAUCAUUUGUUGAAGGAAUUUAUGCCUCGUUAUACAUUUGCACAGUUGAAUGAAUGGUACAUGAAUAUGAAUGGAGCUAACCGCUGGCGCACAAUCGACUAUUGGAUACGUCGUUCUAUUGUAAAUCUGAGAUUAUUGAAUACUUUAGAUUUAAUUGGUCGAACAAGUGAAUUUGCUCGUAUAUUUGGCAUUGAAUUCUAUCAUGUUCUAUCUCGUGGUUCUCAGUAUCGAGUUGAAUCUCUUCUCUGUCGAAUUGCAAGACAAUCAAAUUUUAUUUUACCUAGUCCAAGUGUUACACAACGUGCUCAUCAACUUGCUCCAGAAGGGAUUCCAUUGAAUUUAGAACCAGAAAGUGUAUUUUUCAUUGAUGGUCCUGUGGCUGUUCUUGACUUUCAAUCAUUAUAUCCUUCUGUUAUAAUCGCUUAUAAUUAUUGUUAUUCUACACUGUUGGGACGUCUUUCAUGCCUUCUUGAAGGUGAAGAAGUUUCAUUCAAUCUUGGUUGUUUAUCACAUUCACUUCCAUCUGGUCUAAUCAAGAGAAUCGGUCGAGAAGUUAAUAUAUCACCAAAUGGAGUUGUAUUUGUGAAAAAAUCAAUAAGGGAAGGAAUUCUACCACGCAUGUUAAAACAGCUGAUUACAACUCGUUUAAUGGUGAAAGAUUCAAUCAAAUUGUAUAAAACAAAUAAGUGUUUGAACAGAUUAUUAGAUGCACGACAGCUUGGAUUAAAAUUAAUGGCUAAUGUGAUAUAUGGUUAUACUGCGGCAAGUUUUUCUGGACGUAUGCCGUGUGUAGACCUUGGUGAUAGUAUUGUGCAUAAAGCCAGAGAAAUUUUAGAAAAUGCUAUUGAAUUAGUUAACAGUGGCAAGAUUGUAUUACCAGAUAAUUGUAACGGUCUUCCAACACCACGAGUAGUUUACGGUGAUACAGAUAGUUUAUUUAUACACCUUAAAGGUUAUGGUAAAUCAGAAGCAUUCGAUGCUGCAUAUCAAAUUGCCAAGGAAGUAACAUCAAUGAAUCCGGUACCCAUUAAAUUAAAACUUGAAAAGAUUUAUUAUCCAUGUCUAUUAGAAGCAAAGAAACGAUAUGUUGGUUAUGCUUAUGAAACUGUUGAACAAAAUAAACCUGUAUUUGAUGCAAAAGGAAUUGAAACUGUAAGACGUGAUAGUUGUCCAUUUGUAGGACAAGUUCUUGAAGAAUAUUUUAAACUUUUAUUUAAUCAUUUCACUAUUCCAAAAUGUUUGAAAAAUAUAGAAGGGAAUUUCCAUGAAGAUAAAGUUCAUCAACCUUAUAAACAUUUGGAUAAAAUAUUAAAACUUGCUGAAAAUAAUCUAAGAAAUAAAAUUCAACAUUUUGCCUAUCUUCUUAUACAUGGAAGAAUACCAUUUUAUAAAUGUAUUAUUACUAGACCAUAUUGGGGAUUAUCCUCUUAUAAACCGGGAACAUUUGCACCAGCAUUACAAAUUGCCAAACGUCUUCUUUCUAUGGAUCCACGAGGUGAACCAUUACGUGGUGAACGUGUUGUUUAUUAUGUAACAGCUGGACGAUCUGAUCAAACUUUAUUAUCAUGUGUUCGAAGUGUACAUGAAAUUUAUCCUUCUUUAUGGAUUACUGGGAAAUCCACUUUAUCACGUCGUGUCCUAGGACCACGUUUAAAUUAUGCUUAUUAUUUGGAUAAACAAUUUAUACCUCCAAUUGAAAGAAUGACACAAGUUAUUGGUUGGCGUGUUCGAAAUUGGUUAUCAGAACUUCCUCGUUACUUCACUUCUAAACAUCAUCGAUAUAUUUUGACUUCCGAACCGUCUCAUGUUUAUCCUUCAAGACCUCAACAUCAAUUCACUAAUCUAGGUUCACCAUCUUCAUCGUUUAUUUUAUCUCCUAAUUCAUCACAGCUUGAUUUAAUUUCACAAAAUCAACGUAAACAUCUUUAUCGUCCUUCAUCAGUUAUGCGUGCUUUUGUUGGUCAACCACCACGAAUUUGUCCUAGUUGUGAAACAUUGAUUCCAAAUACUAGUUUUACUGAUCAAUUAGGUCAUUGUAGAACUUGUAUUGAUGGUAAUUCACGAUUAAUAAAUAUUGGAACUAUAAAAUUUGGUUGUAAUAUUCAUCAUGUACAAUCCCAAUUGAAUCAUUUAGAGACAAUAUGUUCAUAUUGUACAAUUCAUCAUGGUAUUACAUGUGAUCCUAUAUGGUUAUGUAAUAAUUUUUUUUGUCCAAUCCAUAGUCAACGUUUAAUUGCUUCAAAUGAUUUAGCUUUAUUUUGGACACAUUAUAAUAAAUGUUUAAAACAAAUGGAUACGAUUAAUUCAUGGUAA